AUGGACCCCAUGGCGCCCACCGGCGGCGUUGCUCGCGGCCGCAGCCGCAGCUUCGGCGGUAUCAGCAGCACCGAGCCCGGGGCCGCCGGCGGCGGCAAUGGCGGCGACCUGUUCGUGAGGGCCGGGGCGGACAACGAGAUGUACGUGCGGGCGGACAAGAUCGACCUGAAGAACCUGGACGUGCAGCUUGAGAAGACGCGGUCGCAGGUGUGGCUGGAGCACCAGCGGUCGACGCAGCGGUCGGCGUCGCCGCUGCCGGAGGCGACGCUGCUCGAGUGGGAGAUCGACCUCGCCAAGCUCGACAUCCAGAACCAGAUCGCGCACGGCACCUUCGGCGUCGUCUACCGCGGCACCUACGACGGCCACGACGUCGCAGUGAAGGUGCUGGACUGGGGGAAGGAUGGGCAGGACACGGCGGCAAAGCACCGGGAGGCCUUCCAGAAGGAGGUUGCGGUCUGGCAGAAGCUUGAUCACCCCAACAUCACCAAAUUUGUUGGCGCGUCAAUGGGAACGUCCCAACUGAAGAUCCCCAAGAAGGGCUCGACCCCCUGUGGCGGCCGCUCUGUGCCGAACGAGUGCUGCGUCGUCGUGGUCGAGUUCCAGCAUGGAGGCACGCUGAAGACGUUGCUGUACAACCACCGUGACAAGAAGCUCUCCUACAAGAAGGUGGUCCAUCUCGCGCUCGACCUCGCCAGAGGGCUGAGCUACCUGCACUCGAAGAAGAUCAUGCACCGCGACGUGAAGGCGGAGAACAUGCUUCUGGACCGGAAGCGGACACUGAAGAUCGCCGACUUUGGGGUUGCGCGUGUGGAGGCGCAGAGCAGCGAGGUGACGGGACAAACGGGCACGCUGGGGUAUAUGGCGCCGGAGGUGCUGCAGGGGAAGCCCUACGACCACAAGUGCGACGUCUACAGCUUCGGCAUCCUACUAUGGGAGACAUACUGCUGCGCCAUGGCUUACCCCAACUACAGCCUCGCCGACAUCUCCUACCACGUUGUCAAGCUGGGCAUCCGGCCGGACAUCCCUCGGUGUUGUCCUCGGGCGCUGUCAGACAUCAUGAUGCGGUGUUGGGACGGGAACCCGGACAACCGGCCGGAGAUGGCAGAGGUAGUGACGAUGCUGGAGAAGAUUGACACCGGCAGCGGCAAGGGUGGCAUGACGCCCGUUGACGAUCACGUGGCGCACGGGUGCUCCUGCUUCGGCUUCAACCGUAGUGCCUAGUCUGGCUCUUAUCAGCUCAUCACCUCAGUUAACCUAAUAAGCAACAACAUUUAAGUACCCUUGCCGUGGAAUUGUGUAGCUUG